GAAAAACACUCCGAAGAUCCAAAAGCAAACCAGCGCCAUGGCACCAGCAGCAGCAGCAGCAAAAAAAGCACCAGGUUUCGUAGCAAACGCAAUAAAAAACAAACACAGUUUCAUCCAAUUCUUCGCCAUGACCGGAAUCUUACUCUUAAGCAUGCGCUCCGUCGGCCAAAAAUAUCGAAUCAAUGAUCUCCAAGAAGACACCGCCGCUUUACUCAAAGAACAAAAUUCCCUCUCCGAUCGCAUCCAUCACAUCAAACAACAGCUCUUGGCUGAAGCCGCCCUUGAUUCCACCGGAACUUUCGCUGCCAGGCUCCGCUUCCUUUUCGGCGAUUCGAGUGCUUAUGGGCUAGCUUUUAUGGUUGGUCCAAGCAAGGGUUUUGGCUUUUUGCAGUUAGUCCCAUAGUUGUCAAAAGCGAAGGCGAUCUCAAAGCGCAAAGGCCCGAAAUGAGGCGAAGGCGAGAGGCGAAAAAAAAGCGCACGCCCGAAGAAAAAAAGGCGCAUGAAGUAAAAAAAUAUAAAACUUUUAUAUAU